GGAGUUAUAACUAACCCGCUGCAUUGGAUGAAAUUUCAGAUUUUAAUAUAACUGUACUUUAAUGUUUGAGAAUCCGUUUGGGAAGGUCGAGUACGUAACAUCCACACCAAAAUCGUGUUUGUCAAGCCAAGUCGAAUCAAAAAAUAUGGAACAGAAAGAAGUCGCUUACAACAGUUACGAUGGAGUCAGUGGAGGUAAAGUUACGUACCAGUCAACGUCGGUAUCCUACGGACCAUCCAGUUAUCAAGCUAUGUUCGGUAAAAGCCACAAGUCUGGAUAUGCAACGUCUGGGUAUGCAACGUAUGGAAAGCUGAAUAGAUACGGAUAUGGGGAAGGCUCCAUUCAAGCCACAUCUGUAAGUGAAAGCUUCGCCCAACUCCCUGGUAUUCUGAGCACACGAAGCGAAGAAAAACAAGAAUUGAGCGUCCUUAACAAUCGAUUUGCUACUUACAUCGACAAAGUAAGAAGGUUGGAAUCUCAAAACAGAGCCUUGGCGACAAAAAUUACGGAGCUCGAAUCCACAAGAACAGUAGUCAGUAGAUCUGGAGAUAUAUAUGAUGAUGAACUAGCAAGACUCCGACGCGAGAUUGAGAAAUUAACUCAUGACAAGGCUGAAGCCGAAAUUCAAUUGCACAACUGUGUCAUGGAGCUUAAAGAUUGUGAAAAGAGACUCAAGGCCGAGAGCGAUGCUAGGUGUAAUGCAGAAAAAUUGGUCAAAUCUCUUAGAAAAGACGUUGACGAUGCCACUUUGUCAAGAAUCGAUUUGGAAAGAAAACUGGAAACUCUUCAAGAAGAACUUGAACUUUUAAAGGCUACAACGUCUGAGGAUAUGGAAAUGAUGAAAUCACAAGUGACGGUGAAACAUGAAGAAGUCUUCGAUGCUCCAAUUCCGACCGCUGAUUUGACUGACUCACUGAGGGAUAUUCGCAUUGCAUAUGAGCAACUGUCAAAGAGCAAUGCGUAUGAUGUAGAGAAGGUCUACAAGAAUACGAUCGCAGAUCUUCAGCAGCAGAUAAAGACCAGCAAUGCAGCUCUUGGCGAUUCAAAGUCUGCUCUGUUGGAUACUCGUCGUCAGCUGCAAAGCAUUUCUGUGGAAAUCGAAGGAUUGAGAAGCACGAAUUCUUCCUUGGAAGGCCAAGUUUCGGACUUGCAAGAUCGCAUGGAGAAGGAGGGUGAGCAAUCUCAAAGAAGGAUUGACGAACUGGAGGGAGAAUUACAAAAAUCCAGGGAUGAUAUGGCACGCCAUCUUGCUGAUUACAACAAGUUGAUGAACAUCAAACUUUCCUUGGAUCUCGAGAUUUCUACAUACAGAAAGCUGCUGGAAGGAGAAGAAGUGAGGAUCAGUAAGAAUUCUAGUAGAGAUGCAAGUGGAUAUGACAUCGAGAAGAGUAUUACAGGUAAGCGGCGUGGCAUUUCAUCAGCUGACAGUGACAAAAAUCACGAUGCAUCAUCGUAUCACGAAGAUGAUAUUAUAAAUCUCAUGAUAGACGGAGAUGACGUAGAAGCCCUAGAAGAAUGCAGCCAAAAUAUUGCUUCAAAUGACGCGAAGAGGGAUAACUCGUCAUCUGAUAGCCAUUCCGAAGAGGGUGAUCCAGCAUGAAACACAAAACAUUUUUUAGCACACCAUUGAAUUUAUCUGGAACGAACAACCAAUAUUCACUUUGAUUGUUUCCAGCAGUGGAUAGUGCCUCUGCAAUAUGAAGCUUGCUUGCAAUAUUUAAAAAGAAUCAUAUCUUUAUGUAAUUUUUUCCAAAGAUUCGUGGUUAAACUUACACUUGUACUUGAUGCAUGUUUCAUUCAAUGAUUCUGGAUUACGACAACGAAUGCGUAAUUUCAAAAAUACUGGCUCCCACUGAGGCAGGUAGCAAAAUCGUCUGUAUCAACCGUAUUAGAUCAUGACUACCAUGUAUACUGGUAUAUUAAAUUACUUUAGUCAUAUAUAUUAGACGUAGCAUUAAUUGUAGCUUCCAAAUUUAUGAAAUCUCAUGGUAUUCUAUGCACUGCGAUAAUUACAGUGUUCACUGACGUUGGUUAUCAUAUGUACUUUUUCGAAAGAUAUGCAUCCGUGUUGAACUUAUUAUCUAUCAUUCGUGACAGACAGCAUCAAGUACAUAGAACAUACAAUGAAGAUUUACAUUCAUAGACAACAACAUCGAUUUUUGUACAAGAUAUUAGAGAAACAAAUUGUUCAAAAUUUCACUGCCAUUAGUUAAUAGAUAUAUUUACUUGAUUUUACUGGCGAUGAUUUCAGAAAUAUACUGCAAAAUUUAUCUUCCUGUUUUUACCUAAGCCAGAAAUCCUAUCUUUGCGGAAAUUUUUUUAUUAGUUACAUACUAGUCUUACGGAUAUCACUUAAUUAAUAAAUCGAAACAGCUUAGUAUAGCAAUUUUGUAUGGUAACAUGCUCCGUUAUUUUUUCCUGAGGGUAGUUCAUCAGUAUGUUGCGAUCGCAGAACACGCGAUGGCGAUCUCGAGCUCUUUUUCAAGAAAAUUGCGUUUUUCAAGAAUAUUGCGUAGAUAUGACGAAUUCUAAUUCAUGGUAUAUAUUCAUAAUUAUUCGAUUAUUGUCUCAAACACGACAAGCUGCAGGCGUCUGGUCUCAUUCUAGCAUGUCCCAGAAUGAAGAAGAAAUACCGGUCUUA